AUGAACUCUUGUGCUUUAUACCACUGUGCUCUGCACACCCUGAGUCUGGCAGUGCUUGUUGCUGGAAAUGUCCACCCAGAAUGUGAUUUUAUGACAGAGCUGAAAAAAAAUGAGGCUGAAUGUCUGGAGGACCCACAAGAGCGUGGAAAUGCAACAUCAGCAGGUUGCAAGAGAACUUGGGACAAAUUACUGUGCUGGCCAGAGGCAGAUGCUGGAGAGACUCUUGCCUUACCAUGCCCAAACAUCAUCCUUCACUUCAUGAAGGAGCCAGCUGGGAUAGUAAAAAGGAACUGCACAAGGAAAGGCUGGUCUGACCCGUUCCCUCCCUACCACGUCGCCUGUCCAGUAGAAGAUGAGAUUCCCCUUGAAGAACAAUCCUACUUUUCUACUAUAAGGAUCAUCUACACUGUAGGAUACAGCGUGUCCAUCACCUCACUCAUCAUUGCUGUGACAGUUCUUAUUGCAUUCAGGAGGCUUCGCUGUCCCAGGAAUUAUAUCCAUGUGCAGCUCUUUUUCACGUUUAUCUUGAAAGCUAUUGCUAUUUUCAUUAAGGAUGCUGUCCUUUUCCAGGAGGAAGGCAUUGAUCACUGCAGCUUCUCUACAACUGAAUGCAAGAUCUCUGUGGUUUUCUGUCACUACUUCAUGAUGACCAACUUCAUGUGGCUGCUGGUGGAGGCUCUUUACCUAAACUGUCUGCUGCUCUCAUCCCUUUCUCAUGGAAGAAGAUAUUUUUGGUGGCUUGUCCUCUUUGGCUGGGGUUUUCCUACACUUUUCACUCUUACAUGGAUUUUGGCAAAAUUCUACUUCGAAGACACGGCAUGCUGGGAUAUUAAUGAAGGUUCUCCUUACUGGUGGCUAAUCAAAGGACCUAUUAUAAUUUCUGUGGGGGUCAAUUUUGUCCUAUUUGUCAACAUCAUCAGAAUUUUGCUGAAAAAACUAGACCCUAGACAAAUCAACUUCAAUAACUCUUCUCAGUACAGACGUCUCUCAAGGGCAACUCUGCUCCUAAUUCCAUUAUUUGGAACCCAUUAUAUUGUCUUCAACUUCCUCCCGGAAUACACCAGCCUGGGGGUCCGGCUUUACUUGGAGCUCUGCAUUGGAUCUUUCCAGGGCUUUAUUGUAGCAGUUCUCUACUGUUUCCUGAACCAAGAGGUGCAAACAGAAAUCGGCCGGAGGUGGCACGGUAAGAGGUGUGGACUCGUGCCAGUGUGGAGGAGGACGAGAUGGACUGUGCCAUCCAGCUCUGGAGUAAAAAUGACCACAUCUGUGUGCUGA